UUCUGCCUUCUUUAGGUGCAGGAGUCCGGUGCCGUCCGGUUCGCCUAAUGGUGGUGUGUGGUAUUUGCGUUAUGUAAUGAGUGGCUGUCUGUAAAUAUGAUUUGACAGUGCACUGUACCGUCAGACUACUGUAAGCAUUUAGCCGUUUAUCCUGUUGAGUUCAGUAAACGUCAUGGAAAAGAAGCAAAAGAGAGUUUAUAAAGUCGUACUCACAGGAGGUCCUUGUGGCGGUAAGACUACUGGACAGUCACGUUUAUGCACGUUCUUCGAAAAUCUUGGAUGGAAGGUUUUUCGGGUCCCAGAAACGGCAACUGUGUUGUUAAGUGGUGGCAUCAAAUUCUCAGACCUUUCAGCAGAAGAGGCCUACAAGUUUCAAGAAAAUCUGCUGAAAACGAUGCUGCAGAUUGAAAACACGUUUUUUGCUCUUGGAGAAUCAUGCACGCGAGACUGUCUUAUCAUCUGUGAUAGAGGAACGAUGGAUGCAUCUGCAUUUAUUUCCUGUGAAAAAUGGGAACGGAUGAUGGGUGCUAAUGGCUGGAAUUCAGUGGAACUGAGGGACAAUCGCUACAACCAAAUCAUUCACAUGGUGUCUGCUGCAAAUGGAGCUGAAGAUUUCUAUACUACAGAGGACCAUGCUUGCCGCAGUGAAGGAAUGGAACUAGCACGAGAACUGGACUACAAUGCUGCAGCUGCAUGGGUGGGGCAUCCAUACUUUGAUUUGGUUGACAAUUCAACAGAUUUUGAAACAAAAAUCUGCAGGAUGAUUUCUAGUGUGUGUUUGAAACUUGGUAUCGACACUGGUGACCGCUUACUGACCAAUUCAAGGAAACUCAAGUUCCUGGUACAAGGACCCUUGCCUAGUGAUUCAGUCUUCCCACCAUUCCAAGACUUUGAGGUGGUGCAUAAUUACUUACAGACCAACACUCCAACAAUGCAAGCAAGGUUGAGGAAACGAGGUCAGAAGGGUCAUUGGAGCUAUAUUCACACUAUUCGUAAGCCAAAGAUCCGCAAUCAAGUGGUGGAAGUGAGAACUCAACUCACACAUCGAGACUACUUGAACAUGCUUGCUCAGAAGGAUGAUUCUCAUUUCACAAUCUUCAAGAAGAGGCGAUGCUUUCUUGUUAAAAAUCAAUACUUUCAACUGGACAUUUACAGAGAACCUUGUCAUCCUAGGUGUAAAGGGUUGAUUCUGCUGGAAACAUAUACCAGUUCAGAAGACAGCAGUGUUCAGAAAAGUUUGCCGCAGUUCCUUACUAUUGUGGAAGAAGUGACUGGCAAUCCAUUAUACUCCAUGUUCAAUCUUUCAUUGCGUGAAGAAUGGACUACUACCAAGAAAUUCUGUCAUGCAUUACAAGGUCCUGAUGAAGAGGUGCCUGGUGCUGUUAAAGCUAACGGAAUCAAAGGAGGACUCAUGCAGGAAUGGAAGAGGAAUCAGCUGUUAUGUCAGUGAAAGAGAGGUUUCUUGGUACUGAGGUCUGACAGAGGGCCAGAGGUAACCAGUAAAGUUGGAGGAUACCCCAGGUAUGUGAAUAAGGGAUCCGGCAGAGGAUUCGAGUUUGCAAACCUGGAGAUAGAGAAAAUGUUCGCCCUUGACAUAGGGUGGUGUCUUAAGGGGCAUGUGGUAACAGGAUAAAAUGCUACCAAGAUUAUAUUCUUUGCAAUUUUAGUGGAGACAUUGCAUGGGGACGUCAAAUAGAAAUGUUGGCACAGCUGCCGAGUACAGUUUGGGAAAUGGAUUUGUAGGGAUGUGAGAGCAGCUUUUCUAGAACCAGGUAGUAGUGUAUGGCUGUACUGGGAUGGGGAAUGCAGUUGGUUCAGUUGCUCUUUGGAUGGAUGUAGGCGUGAGGCAAAAGAUAAUCUUUCUCCUCGACACAGGGUCAGGUUUUGAUUAUGUAAACACAGCAUCACAAGAGAAGGCACAGUAUACAAUUCCAUUGCAUCAGUGUAAUGGAAAUAAUAUUAGGAGAAAAAAUGCUGAGAUCAAAUAUACCAGGUGGUGAGACAUUUAGACUGCAGGAGAUGCAGGUAAUGUUCCAUGUGAUGGAAAUAUUUGAGGGGGGGGGUAUAAUUGCAGCAGAUACACUUAAUUAUUUUUUUUUUCAUCGGGGAUCUUGUUCAGCUAGCACUGUGCACAUUAACUAUCAACAAAUAAAGAUAAGCUUGCCUGCAGUAAGAGUGGUUCUGUAUGUAAUGGAUAUAGCUCAGAUAAGAACCAUUUGUACUCACAAUUAGCAGAAUUUGGGAGUUAUAGAAAAUGGUUAGGAUGGAUCAUUUGAAUUGAGGCUUGCAGAAGUAUCUUCCGUGUCCCAGGAGGCAAACUGUCUCACCACCACUGCAGAAUGUGCAAUUCCAAUACAAGGUACACAUCAGUGCUCAGGCAUUGUAUUUUUAGUAGAAAUUAUCACUUGCCAGAAGCUUUGGAAGGAGAACUGAAAUAAUUUAUGGGCCAGAAGUUAAAUGACAAAAUUAUUAGACAUUCUAAUAGUCCAUGGCUUUUGCCAACAAAUUCAAUAAAGGACAAAGAAUGCAUGAACAGAGUCCUGCAGCCUCAGAUAAUGUCACCAAGUCAGUUUACACAAAUUCAAUGCAUUGCCAAGACAGUUUCCAGUGACAUCAACAAAUUCCAAUUCUCCUGAUCAAAGCUUAUGCAUAUUAGUUAAUUAGUACUGUAACACUAAUGCUUGAAUCCUAGAUAACAGGAUGGUGUACAUCAUGAAAGUGCGGCUUGCUAAUCAUAAUGUUUAUGAUGUGUACAUGAUAUUGCCAUUUCCAAUGAAGGUUUCAGAUAGGAUAAGCUUACCUUUAUUUGGCCUGACAAGGAAAUAAUUUUUAUGAAUAAUACAAACAACUCCGUGGCAUGUAGUCUGCAAGCGAACUAUAC